AUGCGGGAAAACAGCCUGACAUAUUUUAUAUUUAAAAACAACACCACUGAAAGGAAUAAUGUGUGUGAAGAGCCUAACACUGAAGCCAGUAUCACAGAUGAGAAUGUGUACAGAGGAAACUGGGCUACUAAAAGUGAGUACAUGCUGUCCAUGAUUGGAUAUGCUGUUGGCCUUGGAAAUGUGUGGAGGUUCCCCUAUUUGGCCUACAAGAAUGGAGGUGGUGCUUUCCUUAUCCCCUACCUUCUAAUGUUGGCUGUGGCUGGACUUCCCAUGUUUUUCAUGGAGUGUUCCCUUGGACAAUUCUGCAGCCAGGGGCCCAUCAAUGUGUGGAUGGCUGUUCCCAUAAUGCAAGGAGUUGGUGUCACAAUGGUGCUGGUAAGCACCAUGGUAGCAGUGUACUAUAAUGUCAUUGUGGGGUACAGUAUCUACUACAUGUUUGCAUCUUUCUCAUCCCCUCUUCCAUGGAGCACUUGUUCAGAGAAGAACUGCAGCACCACACUUAUGGAUUUAUGCAAGGCUAUGUCAGAUGGAGAUGGUGGCGUGGCGUUGAACAUGACGUCGAUAAGAGACCACAAUGAAUCCUGUCUGACACUAAACAACCUUUCCAGAUCUGAGCAAAGCCCCAGUGAGCAGUACUGGGACAAUGUGGCACUAUGGCGCACAGCAGGGCUGGAUGAGACUGGAGAGGUUGUGUGGCACCUGGCGCUUUGUCUGCUCCUUGCUUGGCUGCUAACUGGUGCAGCUCUGUUCAAAGGCAUCAAGUCCUCUGGGAAGGUGGUGUAUUUUACUGCCACAUUCCCCUAUGUGGUUCUUUCAAUCCUGUUGGUGAGAGGAGUCACUCUGGAUGGAGCCAGAGAUGGGAUUGAAUACUACAUUGGCAGCCAAUCUAACCUCACCAAGUUGACAGAAGCAGAGGUAUGGAAGGAUGCUGCAACGCAAAUAUUUUAUUCUCUCUCGGUUGCCUGGGGUGGGCUGACGGCCCUAUCCUCCUAUAACAAGUUUCAUAACAACUGCUAUAAAGACUCCAUCAUCAUCUGUGUCACCAAUUGUGGCACCAGCAUCUUUGCAGGCUUUGCCAUCUUCUCCAUUUUGGGCCAUAUGGCUUAUAUGUAUGGGAAGCCAGUGUCAGAAGUUGUUCAGUCAGAUUUUGCCUUGGCUUUUGUUGCCUACCCAGAAGCCCUUUCCAAACUGCCUGUGUCUCCACUGUGGUCUGUCUUGUUCUUCUUCAUGCUGUUGACCCUUGGCUUAGACUCUCAGUUUGCCAGCAUAGAAACUAUAACAACAUCCCUUCAGGACUCCUUUCCCAAGGUCCUCAAGUCUAGGAGAACACUCCUCACUGUGAUUAUCUGUAUUGUCCUAUUUCUUCUUGGUCUGCCUUGUGUUACACAAACUGGAAUAUAUUGGGUGAAACUGAUUGACCAUUUCUGUGCUGGGUGGAUGAUUCUGAUCACUGCAGUGUUGGAACUCACUGGAAUUAUUUAUAUCUAUGGAGGAAGCCAGUUCAUAAAAGAUAUUGAGAUGAUGAUAGGGACCAAGAGCUCUCUCUUCUGGCUGUGGUGGAAAGCAUGCUGGUAUUUUAUCUCUCCAAUUGUUCUCGCAGUGAUUCUGGCAUGGUCCUUGUUCACGCUCACACCCCCCACCUAUGGCUCUAUGGUUUAUCCUGAAUGGGGUGUGUCUCUUGGUUGGUGCAUCACUGCAUUCUGCCUCAUAUGGAUUCCAGUUUUUGCAGUUUUGAAGGUGGUCAAGGCUGAGGGUAGCCUUUGGCAGCGCUUGAAAAUGGCAUGUCUGUCAGCGAACACAUGGGGACCCUACUUGGAGUGUCAUAGGGGAGACCGCUAUAAGAAGCAGCAGAGUUCCGACAUGGACAUGAGGAUCACUUUAAAUGUGUACAGUAUAAGCUGUGAUCCUACCCCUAUAUGA